AUGGCGAAGCUGCGGGUGGCGUACGAGUACACGGAAGCCGAGGACAAGAGCAUCCGGCUCGGCCUGUUUCUCAUCAUCUCGGGCGUCGUGUCGCUCUUCAUCUUCGGCUUCUGCUGGCUCAGCCCCGCGCUGCAGGACCUGCAGGCCACGGCGGCCAACUGCACGGUGCUGUCGGUGCAGCAGCUCGGCGAGCUCUUCGAGUGCACCUUCACCUGUGGCGCCGACUGCAGGGGCACCGCGCUCUACCCCUGCGUGCAGGUCUACGUGAACAACUCCGAGUCCCACUCCAGGGCGCUGCUGCACAGCGACGAGCACCAGCUGCUCGCCAACCCCAAGUGCUCCUAUAUUCCUCCCUGUAAGAGAGAAAAUCAGAAGAACUUGGAAAAUGUCAUGAAUUGGCAACAGUACUGGAAAGAUGAGAUUGGUUCCCAGCCAUUUACUUGCUAUUUUAAUCAAUUUCAAAGACCAGACGAUGUGCUCCUGCACCGCACGCAUGAUGAGAUUGUCCUCCUGCAUUGCUUCCUCUGGCCCCUGGUGACAUUUGUGGUGGGCGUUCUCAUUGUGGUCCUGACCAUCUGCGCCAAGAGCCUGGCAGUCAAAGCAGAAGCCAUGAAGAAGCGCAAGUUCUCUUAGAGGGGAGUGGUUUUGUGGAAAGCAAAGCACAGAAGCUGCGCUCAUCGGCACACAUCUACCUGCAGAGCCUGUUUCCUGGUGCAGGAGAUGGAAGGGGCUGUGAGAGGUCUCCGAGAGGCUCCUGCCUCGACGGCAGCAGAAACAGGCACAACGGGAAGGCUUGGAUCCUCCUAGAUUGUGUGCCAUGUGUCGUAGCGAUGGCUAAAGGGUCAAGCUCUUAACCCAAUGGAGUAACCAUUUCAGAAAAUCCUAUAAGACGUUAAUUUUCUUUGGAAAGUAACAGUAUAUAAUUGUACAGUGUAGUAUACGAACCAUUAUGAUUUAUGCUACUUAAAAAUAUUAAAAUAGAGUGGUCCGUGG